ACAUUUAAUUUACUAAUGAAUGUGUAUUAUUUUGCGUAAUUACCUCCAUGUUAAAAACAAUCUAAAGAGUUAAGUAACGUGUGCAAGUUUCACAGGGAUAUUAAUAAACUUUAGACGUGCUUUACACGUGAAAACAGUAUGUCGCUGGAGGAUAUAUGUAUAAAGGAAGAAGACAAGAUAAAAGAGGAGCCUCAGAAUGAUAUUGACCAUGAUCUAAGCACUGCCGGGCUGGACCCUGAAGUACGUGUAAAGGCAGAGUCUGAAUGUGCCACAGAUAUACCAGAGAGAAAAGAGGAUUCCGAAGAUAUUGUGAGACGGGAUGUGCUGGCUGGGUAUACCGGCCGUGAAGUGAAGAAUGAGCUUGACCUGGCCUCGGAACUGUUACGUCAGAUCGAAAAUGACCAUAAUGCACUGGAAUCUCUGUCUGAAAUUCAGAUUAAGAAGGAAGCGAAUCCGGAGUUUUCAUGUUGUAUCAAGCAAAUAGUGCAGCAGGACUGUAUUGUUAAACUCAAGCGCACGCCUAUUGAUAAUUUGAAGAGUUUAAUUUCUCAUACAGAAAAUGACAAGAGAACAAGAAAACCAUGUAACAAAAUCACCGUUAAAGAUGUGAAGAACAUUUACAUUUGUAAUAAUUGCAACAAACAGUUUGCAAGGAGAAAUACAAUUAUCAAACACUUACUAAAUAAAGUGUGUGAACACAAAAGUGAGAAAUCUUAUGCUUGUGAAAUAUGUCAAAAGAAGUUCGCGUACCCUUCGUCUUUACGUAAUCAUAAGGUAUCUCAUUCAGGGGAGAAACUUUUCAUGUGUGAACUAUGUGGAACAAAGUGCAGCACUGAGAAAAACUUGAAACACCAUGUGUUCAAUCACAUGAAUGACCGUCCGUUUUCUUGUGAUAUAUGUAAUAGGCAAUUUCUCCGCGAAAAAUAUUUAAUCAGCCAUAAACUUUCCCACACAGGUGACAAGCCUUUUGAGUGUGAAAUUUGUGGGAAACGAAUGAAAUACAAGCGUUCGUUGGUUGAUCAUUUACGAACGCACGAAGGUUACAGUCAUGAAAAGUUGCUUUCCUGCGACUUUUGUGAAAUUAAGUUUAGCCGAAAGUCACAUUUGGCCAUACAUGAGAGAUCACACACUGGUGAAAAGCCUUUUCCAUGUAAAGUGUGCAACAAGUGCUUUACUUCAAACUCAGCGUUAACAAUUCAUAUGAGAAUACACACUGGGGAAAGACCUUAUGCCUGCGAUAUGUGCCCAAUGCGGUUCCCAACAAGUGGAAGACUAGGUAUCCAUAAGCAAAGUCAUUCGAAAGAGAAAUAUAAGUCUUAAUUCAGUGAGGCGCAAGUACAGGGUUUAAAUAGUAUAACAUUUUCUUGUGAGCUGUCGAAAUCAAAUUUAUUAAAACCACGAAAAACAGUCCUUAUAAAGGAAAUAUUGUAGUUCGGGCGAUUUUCCGCAACUCGACGACUGGCGCCUAUUUUGCGUGACAUGGGGGGGUGGGCUAGUCCUGCCAGCCCAGCUCCUCGAGGGUAGAAUUCCUUAGGACAACCUAAACCUUUGAUGUUGAGUAGGACCUCGGGGAGGUCUCUCGGGGAUCCGAGAUGUUUUGCCCUGUAUGGGGCCACUCCGCUGCAUUCCAGCACCACGUCAGAGGCCGUUUCUUCUGUCUUCAUGCAUCCUCUGCAAAGGGGACUGUAUGUGACACCUGUUAUAAAAAGAUGUUUGUUAAAUAGUAUAAAGGAAAUUAAUGUAUCACAACAGACUUCAGACCCAUUUUGUACCUUGUCACAGUGACAAUAGUAUGAGGUCUCUAGCGACUUUCAUAUUGAUUGUCACUGUGACAAGGUACGAAAUGGGUCAUAAAUUAAAAUCUUCGACCAUACCUACCUACCAAAUAAUUGUAUCUUUUUACUACGAUGUCCCCUUGUUUAUCCCUGUUUGAUAUUGAGAGAUGUUUUUUUUUACAUUUAAUUUUCUACCUCAACAAGCUGCAAGCAUCAUUAGUGUUAUAUGUUUGUGUUAAGGUAGAAGAUAGAAAUUAAAUGUACCUACCCAAUAUAAUUUCUUGCUUGCUAUCCAUGUUUAUACCUGAUUUGACUUGUUGGGGUCUUUUUAACCUCAUUAGCACAUAUGUUUAAUCAGAAUUUACUGAGAGCAUACAUU